AUGGGGAAUUGCUUAGUUCGUGAAGAGAAGGUGAUCAGAGUCAUGAAAACUGAUGGGAAAAUCCUAGAAUAUCAACCACCCAUCAAAGUACACCAAGUUUUAUCUGAUUUCUCCGGUCAUGCACUGUCGGAUUCUUUCGCCGGCUUCCACCACCUUCAGCCCGAUGCAAAGCUGCUUCCCGGGCUGUUGUAUUACUUCAUCCCUCUCCCAUCACCGUCCCAAAAGAGCAAGAAAAAGAAGGUGAGGUUUUCGAAUGUUCCGGAGGUGAACGAUGAACAAGGAAGAAGCCAUGGUGUUGCACGGAUUAAGUUGAUAGUUAGUGAGAAAGAAUUACAAGACUUGGUUCAAAAGGGUGUUUCAGUUCAUGAUUUGGCUUCUCAGAUGCAUAAAAGUAAACAAAGCACGAAUGGUGAUGAUAUAUUUGAUGGUAAUAACUGCAGAAGAAGGUGGAAGCCUGCAUUAGAAAGUAUAGCUGAAGUAAACUAG